AGUAUUUGAAUCUGAUUCUAAAACUAUUGCUGCUCCUUUAGGGAGCAGAAACAGAAGUUGGAGUGUUUGGAUAAAAGUGCAGAAGUGAUUCCCAUGCUCUAUUUUACUCAUAUAAUCAGUUUUUCUAGAAGCUGGGGGAGACUAGCUUCUGAAAACCGAUUCUGAUUCCGCUUCUACUUUAAAAAAGAAGUAGAAGUAGAUUCGGUUCCAAACACCCCCUUAGUCAUAAAUAUGUACUCCAUACUACGUAACUUAUAUUUGACGUAUGUCAAUAACUCCAUACUCCCUCUGUUACAAUCCCACAUCGGAAAAGUUUGAAUCAACAAAGUGCUAUAUUAAGACAUGAGCUACUUCUCCUAUCAGGUUAACCUUUUAAGAUGGAACCCCGAUCUUAACAUGAUAUCAAAGCCAAAUAGAUCCAUGGUGUGGACCCCCUUAUGAAAAAUGACAACACGAUUAUAGAAAAAAAUGACAAUGACGAACCGACGAAAAAAAUGAAUGACGACACGAUCCAGACGAAGUGUCUGGUCUUGAGGAGGGGUGUUAGAAUCCCACACCGAAAAAGUUUGAAUCAACAAUGUGUUAUAUUAAGACAUGAGAUACUCCUCCUAUUAGGUUGACCUUUUAAGAUGGAAUCCUGGAUUUUAACACCCAUUUUUUUGUUUGCUACACUUUCUAUUUUUGGAUGUAUUAAAAAUUUGUUACAUUUUUUUUGGUAAGUUUUUCAUUUAAAAGUACUUAAGUACCCUUAGUUUUUUUACAUUUUAUCUUCUCUUUCAAAAUUCCUUUCAUUUUUUCUACGUUAUUCAUUACACCUACUAUUUCACUCUUAAAAUAAGUGUCAAAUAUCAAACAAAAACAAAAAUGAUCUUUGUACUCACUCUUAUACCCACUUUGUACCCACAUAUGUUUGUGAAGUGUUUUUUUUUGUCUGUGAACCCCGGUUCACUAACAAUAUUUUGCACAGACAAUAUAUUGUCUGUGAAGCAGGUUCACAGAUAAAAAAACAUUCACAAAAAUGGUGGGUAUAAGGUGGGUAUAAGAAUGAAGUAUGUUCUAUCAAAAAAAUAUAGGAUACAUUCUUUUCACACAAUUUGACUUCCUCUUCUUUUUCUUUUGGGAAAACUAUCAAAUAAGCCCCUCUACUUUUAAAAAAAAUCAAUUAGACCCCCCAACUAAAAUUUCACUCAAAUAAACCCUCGAACCUCUUUUUAAAAUAGCAAAUCCCCCCUUUUAACCGAUAGCUCCCAAAUCCCGGUUAGAUUGCACAUGUGGCGUAUGACAUGGCUUUUUUCCUUUCUCUCUUUUUCUUUUUCUCUUUCUUUUUCAUUUUCCUUUUCCAUUUCUUUCCUUUCCUCUGCUUCUUCACUCCCGCACCCUUCUUCCCUGCGCACACCUGCACUUAUUUUCUUCCUUUCCCGUUCUCUUCUUUCCCUACUUCUCCUGCCUCACUUCACCCUUCUCACCUUCCUCCGCCUUCACUCCAGCUCCCUACUUCUCCUCCGUCGACUACGGUGGGACCGAAUUGAAGUUGCGGCAGAUCUGUAAAAGGCCGGCCUUGAGGUCUCACGGAGCACCGUCUCCGAACCGGAAGCUUCAACGGAGCACCUUCACUGACUUCCAAGCCAUCCAAUCGAGGGAAGAGGACGACAGACCCAGCGAGGAGGCGUCCGCCACUCCGACGUGCGAUGGAUACUCCAGAAUCUCCGACGACGAGGGUUUGUCUCAAGCAACGGUGUGAAGGGACGACGACCGGUCGGUGGGAAUUGGGAGAGGAAAGAAGAAAAUGGGAGAAGAAAGGGUGAAGGAGGAAGGGGGUUGCUGGAAGCCUGUUACGGGCGUAGGAGGAGGAGAAAGGGGAAGGACUGAAGCCAAGGAGAAGGGAAAAAGAAAGGAAAAAGAAAAAGAAAAUGGAAAAAAAUGAAAACUGCCACGUGGGUCACCACGUGUGCACAGUAACCGGAAAUCCAGAAAUCUUUAGCUGUGUCCCGCCCCCAUCAACAAUCAAUGCGCCCAGCUCUUGCCGGCAGUUAGGGCGUUCUAGAAAUCACCGCCGGCAGCAGCAGCCAUGGCCGACUCCACUCAGCUCAAAGCCGACGCUCUUAUGGAGCAGAUGAAGCUUCACCUCGCCACUGAAGCCGGAAAAGAACUGAUCGAGAAAAUUGGCCUCGUUUACCAGCUCAAUAUCGCCCCUAAGAAACUUGGAUUCAACGAAAAGAUUUAUGUCGUUGAUCUGAAGAAAGGGGAGGUCAAAGAAGGAAAGUAUGAGGAUGGAAGGCCUGAUGCAACCUUUUCCUUUACUGAUGAGGAUUUUCUAAAAAUUGCAACAGGGAAGAUGAAUCCUCAAAUUGCUUUUAUGAGGGGUGCGAUCAGAAUCAAGGGGAGUAUCAGUGCAGCUCAAAAAUUCACUCCAGAUAUUUUUCCAAAACCAUCCAAGCUGUGAACAAGGAAAUGAUCAAUGGACUGUACCUUUACGAUGGAUGCCAUUUCACAGCCAUUCUGCUAAUGUUACUCCCUAGCAUCUAGAGUAAACUGUUGCUUGCUAAGUUCUUAAAAAGAAAAAGGAAAGGAUUUGAAUUUCUCAUUCAUAUCAUAUAAGAAUGUAUGUUAGCUAAUGUGACAUGGUGCUUUGGGGCAUUGCAUGAUUAUGUUAUGUUAUACUCCUUAUAAAAGUUUGCAUUUCACUUGGAAUAGUAGAUUCAUUUUUCUUUGUUUUACUCAAGUUACACUUAGAGCCCACUUGACAGGGGAUAUUUGGCUGAUAUGGCUGUUAUGUUUUCUGAGGUUUUAGCCAAUCAAGUAAACUAAUUAUUCCUCAGUGAGCUAAUUAUUCCAACCAAUCAAGUUUACUAA